AUGUUUCCAACGAAUCAUAAGACAAUAUUCGUCUUAGAUCAUACCCCUUAUUUUGGUAUUUCAUCGGAUAAUCCUAUAGAUUUUGAUGUUUCUAAGAGUCGAGGUCCAGGUUAUGUUCCUUUGCCGCCAGUUUGUAAAUCUUUGUGGACUUGUAGUGUAGAAGCAGCUGUUGAGUAUUGCAGAAUAGUUUGGGAUUUAUUUCCUGAAGGGAAAUUGAUUCGUUUUGUUGUCAGUGAUUCGGCAGCCCAUAUCUUGAAUACUUGGGCAGUAGCACAGCAAAAUUUAACACACAUCCUUAAUGGCCUCUGUUUGGUGGGACCAGUACGACGAGGGGCAGGUGGUGACGUGGUCGGCUUAUGUGCUGCCAUUGAAGCUCUCGGUGAGCCCUCACCAGCUCAGUCAUCAAGACCUACUACCGAGCGACAUUUUCAAAAUCGUGGCCGCAUUAUAUGUAUUACAAGUGCAAGGGACGACGACUCCAUCAGAAGCUUAGCAGAGAUUGCACUUAAUGCACUUGUGCAGCAAAAUAAAAAGGCAUCACUUGUUCAACCUUCAUCAAGUACUGAAGCAUCUGCGAACCCCGAAUCCUUGGUAGUUCAUCACUGUCAUCUGGUGAUAGUUAACGUAACACCAGAAAAAGCAGAAACAAGAGUCAACAACCAGCCCCUCACGGAGAUGGGUAGUGGGCUUAUGAGUGUAGAGGUGAUAGUGUCCCGCGCAAGUGCAUUAGCAAAUCUUCUCGGCCGUCUGGUGUUGCCACAUUAUAAGCUUGCAAUAACCACCGUCACUGGAAUUCCUAUGAAGGAAGAACAAAAUGCCAGUUCCAGUGCAAACUAUGACGUAGAAAUAAUACAUGCGGCGGAGGCUCACGCGGGCUUAAGGGCCGCACAGACGGCGGCGGAAGCUUUAGAGUCUGUGGUGCUGCGCUGGUGGACACCGCGCGGCGCGGAGGGCGGCGCGGGCAGCUGCAGCGGGCCGCUGUGGCGCGUCACGCCCGCAGACGUGGCGUCGCGCCCCUCCGCCUGCCUCGUCAACUUCCUGCUCAACGGACGCUCCGUCACGCUCGAGGUGCCGCGCAAGGGCGGCGGGCGGGCCGCGUCGCACGUGCUGGCGGCGCAGGGCGGCGAGCUGUGGAUCGGCGCGCUGGGCGGCCGCGCGCCCUACGAGGACCCGCCCGCGCUCUCCGAGGGCGUCGGCGGCCGCGUCACCGACUACAGGAUAAAAGAGUUCGGCGCUUUAAUGCAGCAGAACAAAUUGCACCCACUUCGUGGCGCCGGCGCGAACUCACGAGCUAGAGCUCGCUUGCAGAGACACACUACGUACUGGCCAUUGACCAUUUCCUCCACUCUCAUAUUUAACUUGGGCUCGAUUAUGGAACCCCUAACAAGACUAGUGGUACAGGAGUCUCUCACUGACGAAGAAGUCGAUGCAUGCCGGGGCGUACUACUGUCGUUACUGGGCAUGGAGUCCCGUCAUGAGCUGCCCUCGGCACAGUUGCCUUCCAAUAUGCGGGGCAAGUGGAGCGGGCGGCGCGAGGAGCAGUGGCGGCAGGUGUGGGGCGAGCUGGAGGCGCUGGUGCGCGCGCACGCCGCUGCGCCCGCGCACCGCGCGCUGUUGCGCACGCUGCUCGACUGCCGCGCGCACAACCACGCGCCCGACGGUGAAUCUCGAGCCACGGUGAUCCGGGCGACCACAGACUCUCCGCUCUCUCCUGUUGGUGCGGGGAACGGGGCGAGCAACAGCGAUGUCUGGGCACCUAGGAAUGUUUUAGAGACUUUGCUUGGAGCACCCCGGCCUCCUCGGAGACCUGACUUUGCGGGAAGAAUGGCUGCCGGCAAUAGAAUUGCAACUUUGUACCCACAUUUGCAGCAAGAUGUUGAAGCCCAGCACUGA